GACCUGGAUAUGGGUAUGCUGGAGGACACGCACCCCGACCACGACUUUUACCAGCUGUUCUCCGAGCCGGCCAACGUUGGGUUCAGCGGUCUGGCUAGGUUGUUAGACGCGUUUCAAAAGCAUGUUGCAGCAGGGGUGGCAGACUUUUUGGUAGCGUCGAAACCUGAGAUUUGCCUUGAAGCCUCCCUUCGUGCCCUCCAUCUUGGGGUGCCCUACCAACACAACCAGAGUGACCUGCGGUACCUUCUCAACGAGAGAGAAGAAACUUGCAGGCAGCAGUUGGACACGAAGUACAUGCAAAGGUACAAUGUUUUUCCCUGUGCGAAUGACAACCUAGUGUACUUCCUAGGAGACUCGGCACAGUAUUGCACGUGGUCGGCUGUUUCCAAUAAGAUCCCAACCUACCGGUGCAAUGCUCGUACAGCAGUGUAUUGGUUGCCGAGCCAGAGGCGCUGGUUGACCAGCAAAGAAAGGCUUUGUAGCAUGGGUUUCCCGUGCACACCUGAGGUGGCAAACGCCAUGCAG